AGGAAGAUGAAAGUCAUGGAACUCUUGUAAUUAAGAUCAGAUCGAUAAUCCAAAAACUAGUGGAUGCCAUUCGCCCAUUAAUAUUUAAGCCUUUCCACCUUGAUGACCUGUAUCCUCUGUAUUAUAACAACGGAGACAAUCAUCAGCUUGUGGUGUACACCGGAUUGUUCCUAAUGGCGAAACUAUCAUUGGGCCUUCCAUUUAUAACAGCAUUACUAAUAUACAAAUGGCGGAGGAGGCACUUAUCGAUGUAUGAAAAAAUAGAAGACUUUCUGCAGAGUAACAUUAAUCUCAUGCCAGUAAGGUACUCUUACUCAGAUAUCAAAAAGAUGGCUAAUGGUUUCAAGGACAGAUUAGGUGGAGGAGGCUUUGGCAUCGUGUACAAGGCAAAGCUCCGUAGUGGUCGUCUUGUGGCCAUCAAGAUGUUGAGUGAGUCCAAAACUAAUGGGGAAGAUUUUAUCAAUGAGGUUGCUACUAUAGGAAGGAUUCACCAUGUUAACGUGGUACGACUGAUUGGCUUUUGUGCUGACCGUUCAAAACGAGCACUUGUUUAUGAUUUCAUGUCAAAUGGCUCUCUGGAGAAGCACAUUUUUGCUCAGCAAGGUGCUAUCUCCUUAAGCUGCGAGAAAAUAUUUGAGAUUGCAGUUGGAGUGGCUCGUGGAAUUCAAUAUCUCCAUCAAGGAUGUGACAUGCGAAUUUUACAUUUUGACCUCAAGCCUCACAACAUUCUUCUUGAUGACAACUUUACUGCCAAGAUUUCUGAUUUUGGAUUAGCGAGGCUAUAUCCGUUGGAUAACAGCAUUGUCUCUUUGACUGCAGCAAGAGGAACCAUAGGAUACAUGGCUCCAGAGUUAUUCUACAAAAACAUUGGAGGUGUAUCGUACAAAGCGGAUGUAUACAGUUUUGGAAUGUUAAUGUUGGAAAUGGCGGGUAGAAGGAAGAACUUGAAUGCAGCAAUAGAUCAUUCAAGCGAAUUUAGCCAAAUGUACUUUCCUACAUGGGUUUCCGAUCAACUGAAUCAAGGGAAGGAGAUUGAAGUAGGAGAUUUCACUGAAGAUGAAAUGAAAAUUAUAAAGAAGAUGAUAAUAGUGGCAUUGUGGUGCAUACAAAUGAAGCCUGUUGAACGCCCCUCAAUGAGCAAAGUAGUAGAAAUGCUUGAAGGAGAUAUUGAGAGCCUCCAGAUACCUCCAAAGCCUUUCUUAUAUCCACAGCAAAUACCAGAAGAUAAUGUUGAGGACAGUACUGAAUGGUCAUCAAAAAUGACAGAAUCUACAGAGAUCAAUCUAAUCAGUGCUGCAAAUUAA